AUGUCGGAGCCCUCCUCCAACGCCUCCAACGCCUCCUCAACGAAGCCCGCGAUCCCUUCGCUCCCCGCCUCCAUCACCACACAGCUUCAGCCCCCGCCAUCACCACGAACUCACCGCGUCCUCCGCCGCCUCCAGUCCGCGCAUACUCUUCGCCCUCAGAACCCUCCCUCGCUCAUCUCGCAGCAGCGCCUGCGCGAGACACAGACACAGCGCAAUGUCUCGCCCACGAGAUCCUCCCCCGUGCCCGGCGCUGGCCCAGCCGCCUCGUCUGGCCCGCCCCAGAGCAUCAAUCGCUCGCCUCAGCGUGGCCGCGCUAAUAGCGAUGCCACGCCCCCUCUCGUCCACCAGAUGAACGUCGUCACGGCCAGCAAGCGGGCUGGAAGCAAGAAGCCCGUCUUCUCGCAUGGACAUCUUUCGCUGCAACAAAUCAUCCGCGAAGGUCCCACUGAUGGAGACUUCCUAGGCGCACUGGAGAGUGCGCGAUGGAAGGUCAUUGAUGGGGGAGUCAAGAGUGCUGAGGAUGGCAUGUCGACCCUCAGGAUAUACGUCUGGCUGGUUCUCCUAGACGCUCCCAUCCUCUCGACCGACGACUACCUCGCCCUCAUCCACCGCGGCGCUUCUCCCGCCUACUCCAAGAUCCGAAACGACACCUUCCGCACCCUCACAACAGAUCCCCUCUUCCGUCGCCGUGUCAGCGAGGCCAGCUUGAUCCGGCUACUCAACGCCAUUGCAUGGAAGCUCCAUGACGCCCGCGAAGAGCAGCGCCAGAGUCGCCCAAGCAGCAGUCGUGCCUCUCUUCCAGGAGACAGCAGCGUGUCGGGUCAUUCCCAGGCCAGCACAUCAUCACCUACUGCUCGUAAUCGCGCCCGCGCCUUGACACUUACAACCGAGGGCUCUGAGUCCGGCGCGGGAGCUACGACUCUCGAGCCCGGCACCUACGUACAGGGCAUGAAUGUCCUUGCCGCCCCAUUCCUCUACGCCGCCCGAAGCGAGGCCGAAGCCUUUGUUGCCUUCCACUCCCUUCUGACGCGCGAGUGCCCAGGAUACAUCCGCGGUGCCAUGGACGGCGUCCAUCGAGGCCUCGCACUUGUGGACAAGGUCUUGGCAAUCGUGGAUCCCAAGCUGAGCAUGUAUCUCACGGCCAAGGGGCUUUCGGCCGAGAUCUAUGCCUUCCCCUCAGUCCUCACUCUGUGCGCCUGUACGCCGCCCUUGCCCGAGGUGCUGCGGUUAUGGGACUUUUUGUUUGCCUAUGGGCCGCAUCUCAACAUUGUGUGCAUCGUGGCACAGCUCACCAUUAUGCGAUCCCAAAUUCUCCAAUCACCGAGUCCCAAUAAGGUCUUAAGAUCCUUCCCACAACUUAACGCUGAUCUCGUCAAGUCCGUCACCAUUGGCAUUAUUAAGAAGAUUCCAGAUGACGUCUAUGCCGAGAUUGUAUCCCAUGCUCUUUAA